AUGUCUCCCCCAACAUACAAUCGCCUCGUCUGUCCAGGGCUCAACCUAUCUCCGGAAGAAACGCCCUCGGACCUCUACGAGAAAGAAGUCGCCUUCUUCAACUCCAUCCCCUGGACGGCUGCGCGGCUUUCCACGCCCGGCGCAAUCGCCUUCGUCCCGCCGUGUCGCAACCCCAUUACAGAUGUUCACGACCAACUCUUCGGGCGCACGCUCGCCAAUGAUCGCUCGAUAACGCGCAUGCUCUGCAUCUUCCGUGCCGAGAGCCAUGAAGCCGCGCUAGACCCCACGCGAACCAUCACCGAGAUCGAGACCCUUAUCUGCGCUGGCGACGGCGUGAGCGGGUUUCCGAAUGUCGUGCACGGGGGCGUCGUUGCGUCUAUGUUGGAUGAGUCGAUGGGCGCAUUAUUUGAUCUUAAUACCACCCUGGGCAAGAACGCGAGCGCGUUCAAGGCAAACAAUGUCACGGGCAAACUGGACGUAUCCUACCACAGACCUGCGCCUACCAACAGCGUGUUUCGCAUCACAGUCAAGGUGGAGGAAAUGAACGGGAGAAAGACCAAGUUCUACUGUGAGAUAAAGGAUGAGAAAGACACAGUGCUGGCGAAAUGCUCAAGCACAUGGUUGACAGUGAAGCCAAGUCUCUAA